AUGCCAAAGAAGGCAAAAAAGCCACGUCCAAAGAAACCAUGGCAAAAACUAUUGGAUUUUGUCGAAUUGUACAAAGCACAAUGCGUUCUCUUUGAUGUACCGAAAAUUGAUGAAGUCGAAGAAUUAUAUAAUCCAAUUAUUGAAAAGAAAGGUAAAAAGAUACCUCAAAUCAUUCAAUUUGCAGAUAUGAAGAUCCAGCCGAUUCAGUUACGUCCUCUGAUUGAAGCAUACAAAAAGAGUGAAUUUAGAGUCAAAAUUUUCUCACUUUUAAAUACAGAGACAGGAGAUGAAGGUCUUCAUGUCUUAGAACACAUAUUUGAUGAACCAAUGGAAGUUGUUGGCUUUGCUUAUCAUGCUAAUAAGACCGGACCAAGUGGAUGUCGCGCAUUAGCAAGAGGUUUUGUUCGAUCUAAGUUCUUAUCAAUUCUAGAACUUGAUUUCAAUCCAACAAUUGGAGAUGAAGGAAUUGCAGGUUUAACUUAUUAUGGCCAUUGCCCGACAUUAAGUCGACUUAGUCUCAAAUUCUGUGAUAUUGGAGAUGCAGGUGCAACAUUUCUUGGCCGUUGGAUUGCUGAUGGAAAUUGCAAAAUUAAAGAACUAUAUUUGAAUGGAAACAAGAUAGGUCCUAUUGGUGCAAUUGCAUUUGCAGAAGAACUUGGAAGGAAUAAUAGUCUAAAUCGGGUUGAAUUGAAUGACAAUGUGUUUGGAUAUUCACUUGAUGCAAUGAAUGCAUUGCAUGAUGGAAUUGCUUCAUGUCCAACACUUCAAUAUGUCAGCCUUCUCAAUAAUUUCGAAGUUCCAGAAGGAAUCCCUGAAAAAUUCUGUGAAUUAGUUCAAAGUAAGCCACUAGGUGAAUGUGUAUUAACAGUCAAGAUGGAUACAUUCUUCUUCCAAAACAUGAAGGCUUAUUCUCUCACAAACAAGAGGAAGAUGGUCAAAGAAGCGAAAAGACUCGCAAGGGAAGCCAGGAAGAACAAAGGAACAUCUACAGCUCCACCAACUCAACCCGAAGGAACAACAGCUCCUGCAUCAGCAAAUGCAACUCAGCCUACAACACAGACUCCGUCACAACAGCCAACAGAAGCCCCUUCAGGCUCAACUUCUGCAAGACCUACAUCACCAGCACCAUCAUCAUCUCUUUCAACAAGAGCUCAACUCGGAACUCCAAACUUACAAGAAGCAGAGGAAGGACCAAAGAAUUAA